AUGAUGUUGGAAUCUCAAUCGCAGAGCGCGCGGAACGCGGAGAAGGCCACGGCUCAGCUGCAGCUUGGUCUUGCUCCCUUAACCUCCGCUCCGGCUGAGUCACUCAAGCUGCAUCAGGAGCAGCAGAUGCUGCAACCGCAGAAUCUCGUUCAUCCGCAGAGGCCGCACAUUCAGCAUCAGAGCCCUGCAUUUGCGCCGUCGCAUGGGACCGCUUCUCCAGUCGACGACACGUCGCCACUCGCAAUCGCGUCGCAGCUGCCGCGGAAGCGGAAGUGCCUCGAGCCCGUGAUGAUGGCGCCAGCUGCUGCUGCUCUCGAAGCGCGUCAGGGGAACCCCGCGACCUUCCCAGGUGGUGAUGAAGCUGACGACGACGAAGGUGAAGUGUUGGCUGGCGAGUUCAGCAUCGUUCAGAUGGACCCUGUGGAGCUGCUCGCGGAGCACACCCACUUCUGCGAGAUCUGCGGCAAAGGAUUCAAGCGAGAUGCCAACCUCCGCAUGCACAUGAGAGGUCACGGCGACGAGUACAAGACGCCAGAAGCCCUCGCAAACCCCGACAAAGCCACGCUCUCUCGGACAAAAACCACCGCCACCGCUGAGAGAAAGCCGCUCCGAUACAGCUGCCCGUUUGUGGGGUGCAAGCGCAAUCAGCAGCACCGGGCGUUCGUGCCGCUGAAGACGAUGCUGUGUGUGAAGAACCACUACCGCCGCACCCACUGCCCCAAGAUGCUCUCCUGCUCCAAGUGCGGUGCAAAGCGGUUCUCGGUGGUGGCGGACCUCAAGACCCACGAGAAGCACUGCGGGCGCGACCGCUGGCUGUGCUCCUGCGGCACGUCCUUCAGCCGCAAGGACAAGCUGCUCGGCCACCUCGCCCUCUUCAAGGGCCACCGCCCCGCCAACCCCUCCCUCACCGCUGCCGACGACGGCCCUGCAGGCGCCAUUGCUUUUGGUUCGGGAGUCGAAGCUCCUGCGAUUGCUGGUCAGCGCCCAGCGAAACCCACCCUCGCUGCUGUGAAUGACGGCCCUGUGCCUGCAGUAGCUCCCGUGCUUUUCGGAUCUUCCUUCCAGCAGCAUGAACAACAACUUUGGUCUCAACCUGAGGAAAAAACUGAGCAACAACCUGGGUACCAACCUGAGCAACGGCCACUGUCAGACCUUGUCACGGCAGAUCUCCUUGGCUCGGCUGAGAAGGCUGCGCGGCUGGUGCUGUGA